GGUCAGGUGGUUUCUAGAAAUUGAAACUAGGCUGAGCUUCCAGAAGCGCUUCUUGGGACCAGCCCGACACACUCUGACCUGGGAGGGUUUUCUGGGUUGGAGGUUCCUCUGCAAGUGGGAGGCCUUAGGACAGCCAUCCGCAGGUGCCCCGGGCAGGACAAGGGACCCCCAGGCAAGGCCAUGGCUCCUCUACGGCUUGUCUGGAUAUGGCUGCUGGUCGCAGGGACUCGAGAGCCCACAGGCGUGAAAGACGGCGACAUGCGGCUGGCUGACGGGGGCUCCGCCAACAAGGGCCGCGUGGAGAUCUACUACAACGGCCAGUGGGGGACGGUGUGUGAGAACAUGUGGGACCUGACGGACGCCAGCGUCGUCUGCCGGGCCCUGGGCUUCCGGAACGCCACCGAGGCUCUGGGCGGGGCUGCCUUCGGGCCAGGAUAUGGCCCUAUCAUGCUGGACGAGGUGAGGUGCACGGGGACAGAGCCCUCGCUGGCCAACUGCUCAUCCCUGGGCUGGAUGCAGAGCAACUGCAGACACGAUGAGGACGCCAGUGUGAUCUGCACCAACGAAACCAGAGGUGUCUACACCCUCGACCUAUCCAGCGAACUCCCUGCAGCUCUAGAGCAGAUAUUUGAGAGCCAGAAGGGCUGUGACCUGUUCAUCACGGUGAAGGUGCGUGAGGAGGACGAGAUGGCCAUGUGUGCCCACAAGCUGAUCCUCUCCACCAACCCCGAGGCCCACGGCCUGUGGAAGGAGCCGGGCAGUAGGGUCACCAUGGAGGUGGACGCUGAGUGUGUGCCCGUCGUCAAGGACUUCAUCAGGUACCUCUACUCCCGGAGGAUCGACGUGUCCCUGUCGUCGGUGAAGUGUUUGCACAAGUUCGCCUCUGCCUACCAGGCCAAGCAGCUGCAGAGCUACUGCGGGCACCUCUUUGCCAUCCUCAUCCCCCAGGACCCCUCUUUCCGGACACCCCUGGAGCUCUAUGCCUAUGCUCUGGCCACCCGGGACCCCGUGCUGGAGGAGAUCUGUGUGCAGUUCCUGGCCUGGAACUUCGGGGCCCUGACGCAGGCCGAGGCCUGGCCAAGUGUCCCCCCGGCCCUGCUCCAAGACCUGCUCUCGAGGACUGAACUGGUGGUGCCCAGCGAGCUGGUCCUGCUGCUGGCUGUGGACGAGUGGAGCCGGGAGAGGCACACCUCCCACAAGGAAGUGGAGGCCUUGGUGGAGAAAGUGCGGUUCCCCAUGAUGCCACCCCAGGACCUCUUCUCGCUGCAGUUUAACCUGUCCCUGUACUGGAGUCACGAGGCGCUCUUCCAGAAGAAGAUACUGCAGGCCCUGGAGUUCCACACCGUGCCCUUCGAGCUGCUGGCUCAGUACUGGGGCCUGAACCUCACUGAGGGCACCUACCAGCCCCGGCUUUACACCUCGCCCACCUGGAGCCAGUCUGUGAUGAGCUCCAGUUACAACCCCUCCCGGUCCUUCCAGACCCCCCAGCACCCCAGCUUCCUCUUCCAUGACAGCUCCGUCUCCUGGUCUUUCGUCUACCUCCCUACCCUCCAGAGCUGCUGGAACUAUGGGUUCUCGUGCUCCUCUGAUGACCCCCCACUCCUGGCUCUCUCCAAGUCCACCUACUCCAAGUCCAAUCCCACCAUCGGCUAUGAAAACCGGGCCCUGCUGCACUGUGAGGGGAGCUUUGUGGUAGACAUCAUUGACUUCAAGGGCUGGAAGGCCCUGAUCCCCAGCGCCCUGGCUACCAACAGCUCCAGGAGCACUUCCCUCUUCCCCUGCCCGGCAGGGUUCUUCAGCAGGUUCCAAGUCGUCAUCCGUCCCUUCUACCUGACCAACUCCACGGGCAUGGACUAGACUCGAGGCUGGAGGUCAGGGUGGGCAGGAGUGCACAGAGGCUGGGCACCUCCCCUCCUUCACCUCCUCUCUGCAGCCACCUCCAACCACCGGCCACCAGGUGGCCCCCCUGCUUCUGUUGAUCUCUCUGAGCUUACGGAAAUUACUGGAAGACUUCAGCUACUGCAGACUUCCCUGGUGGCUCAGAUGGUAAAGAAUCUGCCUGCAACGUAGGAGACCUGGGUUCAACCCCUGGGUCGGGAGGAUCCCCUGGAGAAGGGAAUAGCAACCCACUCCAGUAUUUCUUGCCUGG